AUGACGGACUUUGACCCGGACAGGGAGAAACUGUUGCAUUUUUUACAAGUCGGAGGAGGAGGAGGACAAUAUCGUCGUCGUAAUCAUCAUCAGCAUCAGCAGCCGUCGCGAGCGGGGACGACGAGACGAGGGAAGAAGAAGAAAAAAAGCUUCUUUUGCUGCUUAAACGGGUGGUGGUGUUUGAAACGCGCGUUAGGAACGAGGACGACGACGACGCAGAAAGUGCUCCUGUUCGCGCCGAUGGUGUGGUUCGCGGUGAGUGUGCUCUCGCUGGCGAGGUUUAAAACGAGCAGCGAGGGAGAAAGGAGCGAUGGGGUGGCGAAGACGUUGUUAACAACAAGGGGAGCGAGCGAAAGAGGAGAACGUCGUCAACAUCGACCACAAAAUCAUAAUCCUCAUAAAAUGCGUUCGAACGAAGAAAACGAGAGGGUAGUAAAGAGCAGCUUUGCACACGAGAAAGCACCGAUACCGAUACUAACGUUCGAAUCGGACGAGAAGAUGCGAGCAGAGCGAGAGCGAGAAGAAGCGACGAGCGCGCAAAAUCGACAUCCGUGUUUGAACAACGGCGUGUAUAAAGUGGAAACGGACGAGUGCGUCUGUCACGGAGGGUGGAAAGGGGAGAAUUGCGAUCGGGCGAUAUGCGAGCAGGUGAAUUGCGUGCACGGGAGGUGCGUGAAACCGGACGUGUGCGAGUGCUUCCCGGGAUUUAGCACGUUUGAUUGCUCGAAAGAUUUCAUUCGAGACGAGAGCGGGAUGUUGUUGGACCAUUUGCAAGUGCGGUUGCACACGACGUCAAUUGGUCUGUCCAAGAAAGAUCCGGCAGAGGCCAUCGAGUUAGUUCAAAGGUGGGGGAGCAGUGGUAGUAGUAGUAGUAGUAGUAGUAGUAGUAGCCGUAGUAAAAGCGAAAACGAGGUGGACGGUCCUUGGUUGGCGAGAGAAGACGCGCUCGGCAAUCGAGUUUUGAAAACGGACCAGAAUCCGCACAACAAGCUAUUUCUCAGUUGCGCCGUGGUUGGGAAUAGCUUUCAUUUAGAAAAAGUAGACGGGUUAGCGGAAGUUGUGGACGAACACGAGGCGGUUAUUCGACUGGAUGCUGCGCCGACGGCGGGAAGGUUUGCGAGCAUGGUGGGCACGAAGACCACCGUGCGCGUCUUGUCGGAUGCGUUUUUGGAAGAGGCGCUGAAAAACCCGUCCAAGUACGCGAAACUGUUCACGAGCGCGAACGCGGCUUCAAACAGCGGCAACUGGGAGACGAAAGGCCUUUUGUGGGAACCAAACUCAGUGAGUAAGUUGAGGCAAGCGCGAAGGGCGUUUCCCGAGUUGGACGUCCAAUUCGCAUCGCCGGAGAUUUUGUAUCCGGCCAAGACAAUUUUUAACGAAGUGUACGAUAGAUUAAACGCGGAGACGAAAGAGCACAUCGAGAAAGAUUUGUUCGGUAGUGGCGGAAAUAAAGGUGAAGACGAGAGCAACGGAGGAGGUAGAGGAGGAGGAGGAGGAGGAGGAGGAGUGGGAUACUCUUUCUUUUCUUCCUCGAAGUCUUCUCCGGCGGCGACUAACAAAUCGGAGUUGAAACCGACUCUCUCCAACGCCUUCUUCGCCGUCUUCCUCUCCUUACAAAUGUGCGUCAACGUCAACGUGUACGGCAUCGACCCACCGCACGAGUUCCUCCACGACGACGACCACGACGAAACCGACUCCUACUUCGACACUCUCUCCGGCGGUUCCGGCCUGGGCGUCUCCCCGGCGUCCAAAACGUACGAAUCCUUGCUUUUGCGCUUGUUCCACGACCGCCGUUUAACGACGAGUUGCGACGGUUUUAACCACAUGCAAAAAUGCGUCAGUUUCACACCGAGAGGAAGGAAAGGUGUCAUCGCUCACCAAGUCAUUCAUUGGUAA